CCCUGAUUUCAGGAAUAAAACACAUCUGAAUUUGCCAAUCCACCAACCAACCAUAACCUCGUUAUAGUAAAAUAAAUGGGACGAGAAGAGGCUCAUUCAUGCUAAUUUCAGUGGGAAUGGCGGACCAUUUUGACCGUAUUCCUGAACAAAAUUUUCAGCCCAGAGUUAAUUCUUUAAGUGGACGGCCAGAGCUUGGAAUAGGGCAAGGAUUUUACGCUAAUAAUUUAAGUUUCCUUCAACGCUCUGAUACUUUGGCAUCGGGAUCUUCUACUUCUAGUCAUGAGAACAUUAGUGUCCUGUCCUUCAAAGGAGAUGGUCUGCCUAUGUAUACCACGUUCGCGGGCUUACGCUUGUCCACCAGGAGAAGACCUCGUCGGAAAGGAAGUAAGAGACGAGUCUACAAUAACAGAAUAUCGUUGACAGAAGCUCAAGUUGCCAGAAACUGUGGUCAAGAAGCAGACAAUGGUGAGAAUGGAGAACAAGACAUCGAUCUUGGUGACGAUGGUGAUGAAGAUACAAACAUGUCUAUUGCCGAGGAUGAAUUUGAAGAUAAUUAUAGAGUAUCAAUGAAUGAGAUUGAUGAAAAUGUGGUGAUUGAAAGUGGUUACAAAACAGCUAAUACGAUUGAUAUGGUUGAAGAAUCAUAUAUAUUUCAACUUCUUCAUGCCCAGUCAAUUCUGGUAAUUGAUGGUAAGAAAGAAUUUUUGGUCCAAGACUUUGAUGAGGAAAGACAGACCCUAAAGCUAAAGAAAUUCUGUGUUGUGGAAAGAGUUCCAGUGGAAUUUCUUGACGCUGUCCACUGGCUAUAUAGUUGCAGUUGUUCCGUUUCUUUGCAGCAACUUAUAAAAGGACUUUCACGUAAAAUAUUUCAGGAAUAUAAUGAUUUCAAACAUCAGUUUGAUGAAAGCUACAAAUAUUGUUUGCAUGUUAAAGUGUUAAAGAGUAUCAUAGAGUCAUGGGAUGCAGUAGAAGGGUUAACAGCUGCUAAUUGUUUGGAUGAAGCUGUUGUAGAGCAUUGGUAUACGAAGGAGAGACCGAAAAUUGUGGAAUUACCGUUUUCCAAUGAUGCACUGAUUUGCAUAAGGCCUCCUGAUCUAGGGUUUGCUGUAGUUGGAAUGGACAAAAGGGGAUUUUUCUGCUCAUUUUGUGAGAAAGGGAAUAGAUCAUGUGCACAUGUCCGUUGUUUACAAGCCUUUAUAAAGAAAGAAACAGACAUGGUACCAGAGUUUGUUUUGGAAAUGCUGAGUUCUCAUGAAAGGAUUUCUUCAACAUUCCAACGACUGUACUCAAAAUCUGCCAUAUCCAGGCGUGCAAUUUUUGACAAAGUUCUGCCGUCACAAGUCGAUAUUUUCAAAGGCUUUUUAAACAAUACGUUUGAUGCUACAAACAAAGAUGAUUUGAAAUUGUACCCUGAUGUUGAAAAAGGCAACUGCCUUUCUUGUCAUGCUGACUUACUAGAGGAAACGUUUUGGCAUAAUGACAAGAAAAAUCUCUUUACCUUGAAGAAUGUCUUUAAUGUGUCUGUACCCUAUUUCAAAUGCAGUAAUCACGAAUGCGGUCGUUUGACAGAUUUUGAUGGAGGUGCAAAAGGAAUUUUGAACCAAGGAGAUUUUCUUGUUGCCCAUGACGUUUUACGAGACUAUAUGCAGCAUUUUUUGAAAGGACACAGCCAGAGUCUUAUCAGCUACCUGGAAGUUUGGAAAAGCAAUUUAUCGUUCUCUGGCUACGAAAAGGGCCCUUUUUUGAAUUACCAACAAUGGAGAUGUAGUUGGUAUUCAUUCCUAGAAUUAUUAGACAUUGAUUAUACGUUCGGUUUUCAGUGCCAAAUCUGUGGUCCAUACCCAAAUGUUGUAAUUUGUGACGCAACAACGUUAGGGUUUCGCCGACAUUAUGCGAGACAGGUUGAUGUGAAUAUUGAGAAUGAAAGACAGACAGUAAGGCUCAAAGGAAGUGAUUUUAGCGACAGAGUCUUCAUGCGCCACCCCAAGGCACGAAAUCUAUUAAGAAAGUUCGCGAAACGUAGACAACUGGAGCUAGAAGAGCGCCUCGAAUUGGACAGGCUUCUUGAUGAAAAUCACAAAGUUUUGUACAAUUUGUUGGUUUAUUUUGAGCAGCUUUACGGUGGUGCUCUGCAUAUUCAUGAGGAGAUAUGGGUUCUUUUUAGAUGUAUUUCGUCAGUAUCACCUGUUUCAUCUUAUUUUCCAUGCUCUGAAACGUUGAAGUCCUUGUUGGAGAAGCUAGAUGAAGGAAUGGUUAUAAGAGAGAACCCAGAAGCAUUUAUGCAGCUGCAAAAAUGUGCUCCUGUGAUAUUUGCAGUAUUAAAAGUGCUACCCCCUGUUUCUGUUCCUAGCAGAUUAAUGCAGCUUUUUAAAGAACUGAGUGCCAGAGCGUGGUCAUGUUUCUCCACAGCGCAACAUACACUAGGUCCCGUUGCGGGAAAUGUCGGAAACAGCGAUUUGUCAUUUUUUCCUUCAUGGCCAAAGCUUUGCGAGCGAGGGGUUUAUGUCAAAGAUCACCGGCAACCAUCUUCUGCAGAGAAUUGCACGAAAUUAUACAAAGGGCAUCCAAAUCUUCUUCCGGGCAUAUUUACGAUAUAUUGUGAACACGAGAUUUGUUAUGGGUUUCAAGUCAUGGAGCAUCAGGAGUCUCCGAAUAUACCCUAUACUGUCAUACGCACACGAUUUCCGUCAGCUCCCGAUGCAAUCAUUUAUGACAACUGCUGUAAUCUGCACCAAUAUUGUUUAAAUAGAGAUCCGUCAUAUUUUCGCACCUGCAAGUUUUUAGUGGAUCGAUUUCAUUGGAAGAACCAUACUGGAUGCGCAGAGAGCUACGAUGUAUCUCGUUAUCCACGGUUUGAAGGGAUAAACACUCAAAUUAAUGAACAACGAAACAGUACCUUGAAAGUCCUAAAGAGCCAGCUGUCUUACAUGAACAAAAAAAACUUCAUAAACCAUUUGACAAAAACAUCUCCACUUGGUGGUAUCAGCGGUAUCAAGGUUUGACACUACAGCACAGCGAGUGUGAAACGUCCUGAGGCAUAAUUCGCAGCGCACUUCAGAUGUCUCUUCAUCCACAUCAUCAAAGGCCUUGAUGCAA